UCAUCAUUAGCCAAAAAAUCACAACGAUAAUGAACAAGUCCUAAAUAAAAAUGAUCAAACGUUACGAAAUUCCGUAAACAAAUUUUUGAUAACUAUAUGUUGUUUCACUCCCGUGAAGUACAAAAACUGAUGAUUGUGAAAGAAUAUAUGCGCACUGCAGGACAAUGAAAAUGAAAGAAAAUGUGAUCAAAUAGUUGUACCUACCAUCCUGUUACUAGUUACGCCCCACCCUUUUCCAAAAUUUCUCACACUCACGACAAAUACUAGAAUCCUCCAUUUCCUUUCUAGAGAAAACCAAAUUCAACACCAACACAAUACCCCAAAAUAAAGGAAAUAGAAAAAAAAAAAAAACGUAUAAUAACAGUGAAGUGAGCAAAGUAUUGCACCCACCAUUUUUUCAGUAACUUCUUCCUUUUUGAUAAAUCACAUUAUUCUUCAUCUUAUAAUCUCCAGAAUGUUCAACUUUUUUGCUAUAUAAUUUUACUUGAUUGUUCUUCUGUUUUUGGGAUUAAAAAUAACAAUUUGCAGAGAAGUAGUUGAAAAUGGGUGACUCUAAGGAAACUAUGGAAGCUGUUUUGAAGGAAGCUGUAGAUUUGGAGAAUGUUCCUCUAGAAGAGGUCUUUGAGCAAUUAAGGUGUAGUCGAGAUGGUCUUACGUCUGAGGCUGCUGAAGAACGACUUCACAUUUUUGGGCCCAACAAGCUUGAAGAGAAGGAGGAGAGUAAGUUUCUGAAGUUCCUUGGAUUCAUGUGGAAUCCUCUUUCUUGGGUGAUGGAAGCUGCCGCGAUAAUGGCUAUAGCUCUUGCUAAUGGAGGAGGGAAGCCUCCUGAUUGGCAGGACUUUGUUGGAAUUGUCACUCUUUUGUUUAUCAACUCAACAAUUAGUUAUAUAGAAGAGACUAAUGCAGGUAAUGCUGCAGCUGCUCUUAUGGCACGCCUGGCUCCUAAAGCUAAGGUGCUUCGUGAUGGAAAGUGGAGUGAGCAGGAUGCAGCUAUACUCGUUCCAGGUGAUAUUAUCUCUAUUAAGCUUGGUGAUAUCAUCCCAGCUGAUGCUCGUCUCCUGGAAGGUGAUCCUUUAAAGAUUGAUCAGUCUUCACUCACUGGUGAGUCACUACCGGUGACCAAACAGACUGGCGAUGGUGUCUAUUCAGGCUCUACAUGCAAACAGGGAGAGAUAGAAGCUGUGGUCAUUGCAACGGGUGUGCAUACAUUCUUUGGCAAGGCUGCUCACCUUGUAGACUCCACAAACCAAGUUGGCCACUUCCAAACGGUCUUGACUGCUAUAGGAAACUUCUGUAUUUGUUCUAUUGCUGUGGGAAUGCUGGUGGAGAUCAUAGUUAUGUACCCAAUUCAACACCGUCAAUAUCGUGUAGGAAUUGAUAACUUAUUGGUGCUUCUCAUUGGUGGAAUUCCUAUUGCUAUGCCAACAGUUUUGUCUGUUACCAUGGCUAUAGGUUCUCAUCGUUUAGCCGAGCAGGGUGCAAUAACGAAGAGAAUGACAGCUAUAGAGGAAAUGGCAGGCAUGGAUGUACUUUGCAGUGACAAAACUGGAACUCUGACAUUAAAUAAAUUGUCUGUUGACAAGAACCUUGUUGAGGUUUUCGUCAAAGGAAUUGAUGCAGAUACAAUGGUAUUGAUGGCUGCUCGAGCCUCUCGAAUGGAAAACCAAGAUGCAAUUGAUGCUGCUAUAGUUGGGACAUUAGCUGAUCCAAAGGAGGCUCGCCUAGGCAUUCAAGAAGUUCACUUCCUUCCUUUUAAUCCAACUGAUAAGCGUACAGCUCUGACAUACAUUGACAGUGAUGGGAAAAUGCAUAGGGUUAGCAAAGGUGCACCAGAACAGAUCUUAAAUCUUGCUUAUAAUAAAUCGGAGAUAGAGCGCAGAGUUCAUGCAGUGAUUGAUAAGUAUGCAGAGCGAGGAUUAAGGUCUCUUGCUGUGGCAUACCAGGAGGUUCCUGAUGGUAAAAAGGAAAGCUCUGGAGGUCCAUGGCAGUUUAUUGGCCUCCUUCCUCUAUUUGACCCACCACGACAUGAUAGUGCAGAAACAAUAGGGAGGGCACUAGACCUUGGGGUUAGUGUAAAAAUGAUUACAGGUGACCAAUUGGCAAUUGCCAAGGAAACAGGGCGUCGUCUGGGAAUGGGUACCAAUAUGUAUCCUUCUGCAGCACUCCUAGGACAGGAGAAGGAUGAGUCUCUUGUAGCUUUACCUGUUGAUGAGUUGAUCGAGAAAGCAGAUGGUUUUGCUGGUGUUUUUCCUGAGCAUAAAUAUGAGAUUGUGAAACGCUUGCAAGCAAGAAAACAUAUAUGUGGAAUGACGGGUGAUGGAGUAAAUGAUGCUCCCGCUCUUAAAAAAGCUGACAUAGGCAUAGCUGUUGCAGAUGCAACUGAUGCAGCUCGCAGUGCUUCUGACAUUGUCUUGACAGAACCCGGGCUUAGUGUCAUCAUAAGUGCAGUCUUGACAAGUAGGGCCAUUUUCCAGAGGAUGAAGAAUUACACGAUCUAUGCAGUUUCUAUUACCAUCCGUAUAGUGUUAGGGUUCAUGCUACUGGCUCUCAUAUGGAAAUUUGACUUCCCACCCUUCAUGGUACUGAUCAUUGCAAUCCUUAAUGAUGGUACAAUCAUGACGAUAUCAAAAGAUCGGGUGAAACCUUCCCCCCAGCCAGAUAGUUGGAAGUUGUCGGAAAUAUUUACCACUGGAAUUGUUCUUGGCAGUUACUUAGCAAUGAUGACUGUCAUUUUCUUCUGGGCUGCAUAUAAAACCGACUUUUUCCCUCGCACAUUUGGAGUGCCAACUCUUGAAAAAACAGCUCAUGAUGACUACAGAAAGCUUGCCUCAGCGAUAUACCUACAAGUCAGCAUCAUUAGUCAGGCCCUAAUAUUUGUCACUCGGUCUAGAAGCUGGUCAUUUGUUGAGCGCCCUGGUCUGCUGCUAGUAUCAGCUUUUAUCAUUGCUCAGCUGAUCGCAACCCUGAUUGCUGUGUAUGCAAAUUGGGGUUUUGCUGCAAUAGAGGGAAUUGGAUGGGGUUGGGCUGGUGUAAUAUGGCUUUACAACCUUGUCUUCUACUUUCCCCUUGAUAUUAUCAAGUUUGCUACCCGGUAUGCUCUCAGCGGGAAGGCAUGGGAUCUUCUACUUGAGCAAAGAAUUGCCUUCACAAGACAAAAGGACUUUGGUAAAGAAGCAAGGGAACUCAAAUGGGCUCAUGCUCAAAGGACACUUCAUGGGCUCCAUCCACCUGAAACCAAGAUGUUUACUGACCGAAGCCGUGUUUCAGAGCUUAACCAAAUGGCCGAAGAGGCAAAGAGACGAGCUGAAAUUGCAAGGCUUCGUGAGCUGCAUACUCUGAAAGGACAUGUGGAGUCGGUGAUUAAGCUGAAGGGUCUUGAUAUUGAUACAAUUCAGCAGGCAUACACAGUAUGAAUAGGUUAUAGUUGGAUGAUUCAGUUUCCCUUCUUUGUACAUAAUCUGGUGUGGGCCGUGUGGCUUUAUAAUAUUGACAAGAAGCAGAAUACAACAGUCAAAGCCAGAUUGCAAAGCCUUUGUGGAAGAAUCAAUAUGGCAUCUGUUGGUGGCAAUGUACCAGUGGACAGUGGUUACACUACUAUUUUCUGCUUCAUUCUAGUAAUUACUAUGUAACAAAUGCUGGUUUACUACUAUAAUGUAAAUAGUUUAUGUGCCAUAUAAUCAGCUGGUAAGUGGUGAUAUUUGUGAUGUAAAUUAGUCCGAAUAUUUAAAAGGAUUUUGUGAUACUAUGGCUUUCA